AUGCCGCCAGAUCCACACCCCCAACCCAUCUGGCUUGCCAUGACCUGGAGACCACGCAACGGCGUUGGCUCCUUAAAUAACGAGACAUUCAACCACCUGCCAAUCCUUCUCUCAACUUUCACUUUAUUCCGAAUCCCAUCCAACGACCACAAUCCCGACUUGAUUCCACUGCAUUCGCGAAACUGGUCGCUCGAAAUAUCAUCGCCAGGAAUACCAAUGCAAUCUCGGAUCAACUCUUCGCCUCAAUCGCAUGUGCACAAUGACGCCCGAGAUUCCGGUCCCGCCAGGUUACAAGAAACAUCCGCCGGUUUUGAUAACAAGUCAAGUCAAGAUAGUGAGGACGAAAUUGAUUGGCGUGAGGCUGCACUCAACAGCCUUCCUCCCCCAUGCUCUCCAAAUUCAUCUGCAUCUCCGACGUUUGAUAGGACGUGGCCUGCUUCAGAAGCAUCACCAACUGAUUCCCCCGUAUCACGGUUUGUUAAGCUAGCCCCCUCCUGUCUUUCAAGGGCGGAUCUGAAUUAUCUCCAUCAGAAAGGUGCUUGUUCUCUCCCUGACGAAGAGCUUCGGGAUGCGUUAAUCGAGAGCUAUAUCGACUACAUCCAUCCAUGUUAUCCGUUCCUCGACCUGGACUUGUUGGACAAAGCCCUUUGUGGUAACUCAGAUCAGCAAUUCAUCCUCCCUGUUCUCCGAGCGGUCAUGUUUGCGGGAGCAUCCUGGGUUGAUAUCAAAAUUAUCACCAGGGUGCUCCUCAAAGCUUAUCACGAGACAUCCACGGGAAAUAUCGAUAUUUUGUACUUUAAUUCUUUCCCUAAACAUCGGAGAACUCAUAUUGAGCCGCGCGAGCUGAGAGAGAUCGAAGAUGACUUUCGUGGAUGGCUGGAGAAUGCGCCUUCCGAAGUCUUACACGUCGGUCCAAUGCCUUCACGAUCGGAUGCGGACGAACGGGCACUAUUCGUGCACCGCGCACUACUUUCUAUUUUGUAUCACACUGGUUUUGUCUUGAUACAUCGACAGAGGAGCCUUCCAUCUGGCGGACCCGACGAACGGAAUGCAGCCCGACAAAUUGAAGGUGCACCACGUGCAAUAGUCCGGAAAGCCGCCAUACAGGUGAACAAAAUCAUUAUGGAUGCUUAUGCUGCAGAUGUGAUGAAGGAAAUGCCCCCCAAUGUGAUAAGCUGUCUCUUCCCAAUAAGUAUCAGCCAUAUUACCCACAUGAAAAGUGAUGACCCCAUGCUGCGCUACGAAGGACGUCAACGGCUGGAAGAAUGCAGACAAGCCCUUCGGGAACUUGUGGAUGGUCAUCUCGCUGCAGAAUGGGCGGUGAACUUCUUGAACUAUGUCGAGUCCAAGCUGAAUGCUGCACCUGACCUGACAAAAAGGGCGUCAGCUGUGGUCUGUGGAAAGGCCCCAUCAACGGUCCAAGGAAAGAUGUCCCUGACGGGAUAUGACCAACGUCAAAGAUGGGAACAGGAUCGAUGUCAAAACGCCGAAGGUGAAACUGCAAUUCAAGCUGCGGUUAGCGAAGGGCCGAAGUCCAUAGACUUGGCACCUACAAACCUGGACGAGCAACUUAACACUGCACACAAUCCCUUCUUGUAUGUCCAUACACCGGAUGUGUUUUCGGACUUGGUCAACUUCCCGGACACGUGGCUGGGUGGGCCAGAUGUACAGAACAGUGCAUCUAGCGGGCCAUGGGUUGAGAAUGACACUAUAUCCAUGUCCUUUGCAUGA